AUGUCCAAACGCUUCCUGCUUGACCCGUUGAAGGUCUUCCUACGCUCACCUUCUGAAAAGAAGUAUCGGUGUCAUUGGUGUCAUGAACGAUUCAGGAACCAAGUGAAGUUGUCAGAACACUUACAGAGCACGGAAGAGAAAAUUUCAGGCAAUAGGCAGGAAUGUGUACCAAUUUCCUACUGCGAUUGGUGCAACGCACGAUUUAGGACACAUUUCCAUCUGCUAUGGCAUAUUCGAGGCACAACCAGGUCCACUUCUCCUAUGGGGCAACAAUGUCUUCUGGAUCCACCGGACCAUGAACCCAGGUUAUUGCAAGCCGACGAUGGUUCGGCAUCGAAAGAGGUAUAUGGUACUGAGGUGGCGGAGCGGAUUUUACACCACGACAAGACGAGUCUGAAUGAGCCUGUUGAAGGAAACGGCUACACAAAUACAUGGAUGGCUUCUACUUUCGAACCGAUUGUCGAGGAAGACGAAAGUCAAGACGUGACGUCUUCGGAAAUGCUAGUGGUUCAAGUUGAGAAGGAGCAAGAAGUUGAAGUUGGAAGCGCAUCUGUGGGGCUGGAAAGCGGUGAUGCAAAAGCUGGAGAGGACAAGGGGAUUGUUACCAGGGCGUUGCCGUCUUCAAUCGGCUUGGAUAUCUUACAGAGCCGGGCAGCUGAAGAUCCGAAUGAUCUUGACACAGACUCGUCGACUGUCCCAGACAAGAUGUCAGAUCGAUCUUACUAUCCUGAUAGGAGCUUUCUGUUGUCGACAACCGACCUACCUUCCCUCGACUAUUCGCGAAAUGCUCGGGCGAGUCGCAUACCCUCUGCUGACAUCAACUUGUUGAAUGGGCUCAGUCCCAAUAAUUCGACGGCGUCCAAUCAUAACAUACCUCGAGUACACACCAAUGGAACAUCUAUCGCCUAUGCCGUUGAGGAGAUUACUCAUGAAGUAUGCGAUCUUAUUAUCUGGAUUGCGGAUGGGUCCGCAGAGCGAAGUGUACUCACAGAUGCUAUUGCCCGACGUGUACUGUGCUUUGUAGUCGAUGUGUAUGAUGUAAGAUAUCUCUUCAAUCAGGUGGAAUCCUAUGUCUGCAAAAUCAGCAGCGGGCCUUUGGAUACAAGAGCAGCCACAGUGUUCAGCAGUCGAUGGCUGGAUCAUCUGAAAUCUCGUGGCUUACUGCUAGAUCCUCAGUAUGAGCUAAACUGGUCGGGUCGAGGCCAGCACGUCGAGUACGAUCCAAAGGAUGAGGGAAGCAUUCCGUUGACCACUGAAAAGAUCCUCGGACAUAGUGCGACAGCGAUCGUGGAUAGCGUUAAGUGUCGACGCAUCAGGCUCGCGCGCAAGAAAAUCAGAUGUACCCGACGCCUAACUAAGGAGGCGGUCAUCGUGGAAGUUGAGCAUCUACAUCGACUGCAACAUUUUCAUGUAUUGCGUGUUGUUGGUACAUACACGUUACGGAAGGAUCUAGCAAUUAUGCUGUACCCGGCAACUCCAUGGAACCUUGAUGAAUUUAUGGAUGAGUUACUGGACACUCGAAGCGUUUUGAACACAGAUGUUCUACUGACUGGAACCUGGCGCAAGCGUACGUGUGUCGAAGCGUUGAAAACUUUCUUCGGCUGCCUGGCACACUCCUUGAUGUUCAUACACAGCAAGAACGUGAAGCACAUGGACAUUGAGCCGAAAAACUUACUCGUUUGCAAACAUGGUGAUACAUAUAAGAUCUACGUCGCCAAUUUUGGAAUCGCACGCGCGUACAAAUGUGCCACGGACUCCGAGACCGACUCGCCAACAGCCUUCACCCGCAGGUAUGCAGCGCCUGAGGUUGUGACCCAGGACACACGAGGCUUCAGUGCAGACGUCUUCUCCCUAGGUUGCGUAUUUCUUGAGAUGUUAGCCACGGUGAUUUCUGACCCGUCACGCAACGAGCGUCAGAGGCUUGCAGACACCCGCACAUCGGACUCUGGAGAUUCGUCAUUCAACGCGAAUCUUACUGCUGUUCGAACUUGGUUUCAGACAAUGUUUGAGACAAAGAAACUUGAAGAUGAUCGUCUUCCCACAGAUGUACUUGCCGUGGUCCCCGAGAUGAUUCAAUAUUCGCCCCAGCAAAGGCCUUCGGCGGCUGAACUCAACACUAAGCUUUCCACACUUGGCUGUGGAGCGUGUGAUACAGGACCGGAACCGUUUGAAGCAGCAGAUACAACGCGGGCAUAA